AGAAAAAUGUGAAAACUGUCUGAAGCGGAUUCCGAGCAGCUGCUGGUGGAACCGCAGCCUCCACUGGAACGAUUUCACGUCCUGAGUGGACACGCGUCCUUCUAAAGUGUCACGUGCUUCUUCUUGCAUCGUUAACGAUACUGAACAAAACCGCCACGUUCGGUGUCGCACGUGCUUCCGGCCGUGGAUGUGGGCUCCGCGACCUGCCGGAGCUUCUUUCACUGCAGCCUUCUGCAUCUCAAGGUGUGCGUGCGCGCGCGCGUGCGUCAGGGGCGUGGAGGUGGAGGGGAGCGUUGCGUCCUCUCACGUGACCAGCCCGCCCGUCCUCCCUGCUCUCGGUCCGGAUCUCUUUGUUGUGGUUGCAGCGCGUCUGUGAGCCGGAGCGCCCCGCUGAGCUCCGUGACGGAUCCACGACGCGCGGGAUCGUUUCGUGUGCUGCGCGAGACAGACGGCCGGAUCCAGCCGGUGCAGCUCGGUCUGCCUGAAGAUAGAGGCGCGGACGCAGGGGGAGGAUGCUCCCUGCCCGGACGAACCGGACCGCCUCCCAGACUUCCUGAACGCGGAUCCGGCGAGCUUUACCCGCACAUUCCUCCACCUUCCCCCCUCUGCGCUCUCCGUCAGUGGGGCACAGCGUGAGCCAGCCUCCGCCUGCUGCACCCGGGAUUAAGCUGUGCUUUCCACCUGAACCGACAUCCGAGCGCUGCGUCCCGCCGGCGUCUGCAGGUCGGAUCGUCUUCUUCGCGAUGCUGUCAGGCCCUGCGAGGCAUCGCGGGCGUCCCGGCGGGGUCGUCCGGUGCCUGGUGUCCGCCUGCCUGCUGUCUCUGCUGCUGGAGGCUCGGGGGUCUUAUCCUCAGAGCGGCGAGUGCAAAGGCAAAGGAAAGGACUGCACAGAUCUGUCAGAGAAGAAGAGCGACCUGAGGGUCUGUGAUGACUCCACCUGCCGAUUCGGGGGCACCUGCAGAGAGGACGGCGCUCAGCUCAAGUGUGUCUGCCAGUUCCAGUGUCACAAAAACUACGUCCCUGUGUGCGGCUCAAACGGAGACACCUACCAGAACGAGUGCUACAGGCGACAGGCGUCCUGCAAACAGCAGAGACUCAUCUCCCGGGUGUCCGACGGGCCCUGCUCCACCGAUCCCGGUUCUGGUUCAGGAGACGGAGACGACGACGAGGGCUCGGGCUCAGACGUCGGGAAGAAGUUCACCAAGUGCAGCACAUGCAAAUACGGAGCAGAGUGUGACGAAGACUCGGAGGACGUCUGGUGCAUAUGUAACAUCGACUGCAGCGGUCACAAUGAAAACCCGGUGUGCGCUACUGACGGAAACUCCUACAACAACCCCUGCCUGGUCAGAGAGGCCUCGUGCAUGAAGCAGGAGCAGAUCGAUGUCAAACACCUGGGCAGGUGCCCCGCUGAUAAAGAAAAACAGGGCAAGAAAGACGACGGCAGCCCUUUCAAAGGAAACGCCCUGGACACCAGGAUUGUGGAUCACGGAGAAGGUUUCUACCCGGGAAUGUCCAUCCCGUGUGCCGAGAGCUUCUCCGGCUUCUGCGUUCACGGGAAAUGUGAGAUCAACAAGUACAACAUGGCCACCUGCAGAUGUGACGCAGGAUACAAAGGUCCUCAGUGUGACGAGCCUCAGGACUUCAACAUCCUCUACGUGGUCCCCAGUGGACAGAAGCUGCACUACGUCCUGAUCGCCGCCAUCAUCGGUGCCGUGCAGAUCGCCAUCAUUGUUGCCGUAGUGAUGUGCAUCACAAGGAAAUGCCCGAAGAACAACAGGGGUCGCCGGCAAAAACAAAAUCUCGGACACUUUUCCUCGGACACUAACAACAGGAUGGUAUAGCCGUGUCUGCCGGAGGUCUUUUUUGAUAAUUUUUUUCUUACGGCGCGGGAAUAUACCAUUUUUUAACAGUAGGUGUAGUGAGUUUUCUUUUUCUCCUAGGAAACUGUUAAAAGAAGAAUAUUUAUUUCAGGGGCCUUAUUUUCCCUCCUUUUAAUUUUGGAUGGCAUCUUUGCGCAUUUAUUUUGCGCAUCAAAUUUUUUAGUUUGUUUUUUUCCUCCAAUGCCGCGAGUAGUUCAAGGAGCCGAUUCAACACAACCCGCUGUCACUUUGCAUCGCCGCCAUGUCCGCCGUCUGUUUUCCUGCUACGAGGUUUAGUUGAAUGCUUUGCGGUAUCUUUGUUGAGCUGGCUAACAGAGUAACAUCUGCCCCUCUGGAAUGUGCUAUUUAUUGAAAAGUUUGACUUCUUUGCCCCUUUCUUUUUUGCUUUUUACUAAUAACGUGCAGCUGAUUACCAAAUGCAGUGUUUUUUGUUUCCGUCCUUUCGUGUAGGAGGUGAGAGGGGCCAGCUGGUACCAUAGAUAUGUUUACGCUCAUCCUUUGGUCCAUGUAAAGACUUCACUGUGUUCAAACAAGCUAAUAAUUUAUUCUUACCAUGAAGAAUUCUUUUCUUGAAAGUAGCUUUUACUGGAAGUUUUUAUGUUAACUUUUCUUCGAAAUUGUAGUUUAUGUAUAUUAGCAUGACUUGUGAUAACUGUGUACUGUGGUGUAGUUUUAACUUUUUAAAAGGAAAAGUUGUCGGCCUCGAUGCCUCCUCCGCCUCCUCCGCCCCUCCUACGAUGGCACGAUGGUACAAUGGAGGACGAAGGCGUUAGUCGGGGGGGGGGUUUGGUUUUGGGGUUUUUUCCCUGAAAAGGAAUGUGCAUUGUCUGGAAAUCAAAUGUUGGCUUUAUCAAGACAAGGAAACACACAACGAGCAUUUCUGCCUGUCGUUAAUGAAAGGAAAGUAAAACCAGUAAAGCCAUGAACACAAAGGCGGGAAUGCUGUAUGCAAGAUUGUAAAGGAAGGGCUGGACUUCAAAUCGACGUCAACGUCCUGACGGUAAUUUUCACGUAAAUGGAAGAAGUCUUGGUUGCUUCGAUCAAGGAUUUUCUCUGAAUGUGAGGGAAUAAUUUUGUUUUCUGUUUUCCCCUCAGCAAAACAUUCCAAGCACAGACGAUCCCACGAGAAAAAAUAACACAGUAAUAAUACAGAAUAUAACAGCGUUCUGUUGUCUGGUAUGAACAUGUGUGUCUCAUGGUGUUUAGAUGAAAUGCAUAGCGUCAUUUGGCCUUACGUUAUUCACACAAACACAGUCAAGUACUUUUGGCGUAUAAGGAGGAAAAAUCUGAUCAGUAUCCUGAAUAAUUUAGUAAUGCUAAUAAAUAAUCCAAGCCUCCUCUUUUUGUUCUGUUUCGAUGUAAAGUUUUGAUUGUCACCUCUUUAUUUUUGACGUUUCACCUGUUUGACUUACAUUCGGCAGCAUCGUCUAGAUUCUGAGAAUGUGCUCGUGUACCGUGUGGCUAAAACACACCACAACCCCGAGUGAGUCGCCAGUACGCCGGUUAAUGUUAAAGCUUUGCCCGUCUGCUAGAGUCUGAGUGACGUAAACGUCAUCUCGUGGACGUGCCUGCAAGUUUCUGUGAGAGUUUCCGAUGCACCAACUGCGUUUGCACCCCAGGUGGUGGAAAUGCAGAAAAUCGACUGGACUGACGAGUCGGCCGUGACGUCUCCGGCUGUCCGAGUCCACAACAGACUGUAAUCAAGGCUUAAGAGGUGAUACCAUGAAAAGAGACGUUGGAGCUAAUUUGGUGUUAUUUCUUUUGUGAAUGCAACGUAUGACAAGAAAAUACAUUUGAGGUUUGCUCCGACAGCAAUCACGCCAACGUCUCAGUGGGAUCUUUGUGUCAUCUGGUGAACGAGUUCUGUGUCGCUCCUCGUGUCCCUGACCUAACCGUCACGCAGCCUGUGCGACUCUCAGAGUCCAGCUUUGUGUUUUUGUUUGUCACAACAUCCAAAUUUCAUUUCAAAUUGUCUUAAAUUUGAAGGAUGUCAUUCUUCAGUGAAAUUGUACUUUAACACAUUUCUGAAGGUGCAACAUUUCAUUUUAAGUAGUGCUGUCAGCGUUAAUCUCGUUAAAAUGACGUUAACGCCGUAACCCUAUUAAGGUGUCAAAUCUCCGUUAGCAAGUUAACGCGGCUCGCUCCAUUCGAGGGGCUGCACGGCGCUAACUCUAAGCUAACUUGUGCAUUGACGCUGUGCAGCCGCUCGCACGGGGCGAUCCGCGUUAACUCGCUAACGGAGAUUUGCCACCUUAACAGGGUUAUGGCGUUAACGUCAUUUUAACGAGAUUAACGCUGACAGCACUAAUUUUAAGUCUUGUAGUAAUUCACGAGGUCAGAAAAUCCUUAAAUCUGUUUUUCACCGAGUUGCCAACUUUCUUAAAGUCUGAUUCAUUUACACUGUAUUUAAAGUUGAAGUUGGUCAGAGAGUUUGUCCGUGGGAAUACGAACACAAGAAGAAUAUCCUCAUGUAUUUAAUGCAAACACAAGUGUCAGUUGAUUUAAUUCAGAAACCGUCCACCAGCAGCGAACUAUCUCAAUAGUUAACUCAUAUCAUCCACUAAGACCAAACCAGUCCUUUGGUUCAGCUAAUACACAAAAAACGACUGAAUGACUGUAAAUAAUUUACUGUAUUUGCUCGUAAAGGUGAGACAUGAGCAGGUGAUGCCACCAGAUUUCACGACCACGCCCCCGAGGCUGUGCCCAGGUCCAGGGAGGUUUGUUUUCUUCUCUGUAUGUUUCUGAUUUGACGUUUUCUGUACUGUCUUAGUCUACAUUUACAGGUUGUAGGUCAGCCCCUCCCCCCACCCCUCUGCUGAGCAACGUGUUUCUACUUGUUGUCGACCAUCGCAGCCGUGACUUCUCUAAAUGUGACUAGAAUGUGUUUGACAUGUUAUAUUCUGCAUGUAGACUCGGCGAGGCUAUUUUUGGUCUCUGACGAAAUAAAAAAAAGAAAAAAUGUUUUUUUAAUGUA